GUAGACACUAGUCACUGUAAGUGUGUCAGAGGCAGGGCGUCGUUAAGGGGAUACUGUGAGAACGCUGAAGCUGUUGCUGUCGUUGUUUCUGUUUGGAGUACUAUCAGAUAACCAUGUGUGGAGACAUGACCAAGUGUUUUAUGCACGUGUUCAACGUGCUGUUCCUGCUGAUUGGCCUGGGUCUGGCAGGCUUGGGAAUAUGGCUACGUCUUGACGAAGAUGCUGGCAAAUACAUCAACGACUCCGACAACUUCAACGCCUUGCAUGCUGGUGCUUACGUCUUCAUCGGUGUUGGGGCUGUCAUCAUCCUGUUGGCCAUUAUUGGAAUCUGUGGAACAAUCAGAAGGAGCCAGUGCCUCCUGGUCGUGUUCUUCAUAGGUCUGUUUAUCAUCACAACCAUUCUGUUAGCAAUAGGAGUGGUCGUCUUGACGCAGAUGGAUGUGGUGAAAGAAUCUUUCGGUGAUUACCUGAUGACCAGGGUGAAUGACAAUAGUGAAGAGUCGAGGACGUACAUGAACAAUUUCCAGAAUACGUUUAAUUGCUGUGGAGCUAAAACCGGCGUUUCUGAUUAUGUAGUGAGCAUCGUGAACCUCGACAGUCAGUGCAAACUAGCGAAUUAUGUGACGCCUUGUGCGGACGCGUUUUUCAAAACCCUGUCGCCUAACCUCAAGGUGACUGCCGGGAUUUCCUUUGGUGCUGCUUUCAUCAUGAUUCUAGGAAUGGUUUUGUCCAUGUGCUUCUGCUGUGCUAUCAGGAAGAGUAGCUGAGAGGCACACAGCAAGAGCCAGACAUAGGCAGCAAAGUUAUGAAUCCUGGCAUUGGACUUAGAGAUAGUUUAACCCUCUUUUAGAAAAACAAGGAAUAGCGCAAUAAGCAGUAUUUCUACAAGAGUGAACGAGGAAGAGUACAAAACAUUUGCAAUAGUUGUUGAGGAAUCCUUAAAGAUUCUGUAUAUUUUUUUGUAAACAAUUCAAUGAAUUUCGAAACCUAUUUUUACUAUUUACCUAGGUAUAGUGAUUUGCCUUGGUACAUGAAAGAAGAACGUCGGUAAAGUUGAUCUGUAUCGCCAACAGGGAGAGGAUUCCUAGGAGAUGUUGUCGUUAGUGUUUGCUUUUUAUCGAGGAAUUGGUUGGAAAUUCCUCUCGAUUUUGACUGGUGAAACUGAGGUAUCAAAUCUCAAUAGUGAACUCUGAUUGAAACGACUGCAAUCUCAUACAAAAUUAUCUUUUUCCUCGUCGCUGAUGGUAGACAUAUGUAUUUAAUUAUAUGAGCAGAGAAAGCGUGAAAAGUGGCGUUGAGCAAUAGUCAAUGUAUGACUGAGAAUACAUUUAAAACAGGAUAGAAAUCCAUUGUAAAUGUAUUUCAACUUUUAGCAACAACCAAGAGAGAUGUGCUCUUUUCUGAACCAGACUGUGAUGUCACGACGUUUACGUCACAAAGAGCGCUGUGACGUCGUAAUAGUGACGUGCGUUGUAAAACUAAACUUUCAGUGUCUUGCUUCAUUUUCUUUAAAAAUGCCUGCUUAUUGUUGUCUCACGAAGUAGUGGUGCUACACACCUCCAAUGCCUAUUAAAGUCGUAAAGUAGAAAAAUGUUAAGAAACAAAUUUUGAGCAUAGGCAGCGCCAUAAGUUUUUACAGGGUAUCAUGGGUGUUUCCUCGACUCAAAUCGAAAGCCCACUCCAAAUAUUUGACUCAACCAAAUAUCAACGUUGGUACCAAAGAGUUCGCGUGUAAUUUUCAAAAUGGCAGAAUGAUGCUUAUUUGGAGAGGCUUUCAGCGGUAAUCUCGAUGUCUAUUAGAUACAUUGUACAUUUGCAGUUGUCUUGGGGUCGAUCGCUUCGAAACAAUGCAGUUUACUUCCUAAAUAUAAAAAAAUAUUGGUGCAACAUAUACCAAUAACAAUUUUUAACCAUGAAUCAAAUACAUGCACUGUCUUUCAACAUGAACUGGGAGUAAAGGCUUUUAAUCAGUGUUCAUGCUUGUGGCAUUUGGAUAAUAAUGUACAGUUUCU